AUGGCUCCCGCAUACAAGUUGGAGGAGCUACUUGCCUUGCGCGACUCGGUCUCCGAGUCAGCCGUAUCAUUGGACAGGUUCGCGGACGAAGAUGUGAUCAAAGUCCCAGCGACAGGACCUCCAGCCGCCAACAAGCGACCGUCGCCAUCCCCUUCAAUCAAGCGUGGCAAAGCCGAGAGGCUUCUCAAGGAGCACGGCAGCCCUCCUGGUCUGCGUGUAACAGCAGGUGGACGCAUUGUGCCUGGAGAUCUGCCACCGCUAGGUGCUCGACCCAGUUUCAACAUCUACAACCCCCAGGCUCUCCGCGUCACGCCCGGUAACAUCAUGGCUGCGCCGUCGCAGCCAUCGCCGAAUAGCACAGCUCGCAUCGAGAUCAUUGGCGGUCAGCCCAUUGUUGUCGUUGGCGAUCGUAUGUUUGCGCUGCCUACUGUCAACAGCGGGUCUGCAGUGCCCGCUGCCACACGUGUAGCCGAGGAGACACUUGCUACGCAGGUCAACGACACAUCUUCUCUAUCCACCCAGGGUAAUUUGCCUGGACAUUUGUUUGUUCCACCACGUACCAACUCCCAGACACCGUUCGCCGGACUCGACCUUCCUACGCUCAGGGUCCAACAGGCGGUCAAGAAGCAGGAACUUCGAACAGUCGAACAGACUGAGGUCUUGCAGUCCAGUCAUCAAACUGAGAGCUGGCGAGCUUCCAUGAUUGAGAAGAAGAGAGGCUUAAUCGUCGAACUUGAUGCACUGCGCAAGCAGAUCUCGGUCCUUGAGUCGGACCCGGCGACUGCAAACCAGGACGCUCCUCCCAACCCUCUGGGUACGAUUGUAACACCAGCUUCCAUGGCAUCGUUUAUGCCUCCGUACCAGCAGCCAAUUGCCCAGUCCAUGUACGGUUACCCUGCAACCAACCCGUACGCGCCCAUGGCUAUGUACCCGCCAACUUUCGGUGCGUUUUCAAGCUUCCCAAGCGUGGAGGCUACGCCUUUCGUUCCACCAGCCGCGAACCCACCUCCACACUCUCCUGGAUCUGGCAACCGGCGCUCGCGUGCCAUCGAGAUCAAACCUCCCCACGAGGAUUCCAAGAAACCAGCUCUGGACCCAAAGAGUCCAACCUACGAACCGAAAGGCAGCACAGCUACUGGGACUGGUCCAACUGGUCCCCCUACGCCCUCUCCAAACAAGCGCUCACCCUGGCGUCAACAAGAUCUUUCCCAAUUUAACUCACAGCCUCACCGUACUUUGUCUCACAAACCCAGCCUGUCGAGUGUAGACACUACAGACUUCUUCCCCACGAACACUCACGAGCAUUCUUCAACUCGGGUGGCACCACCGUCCAGUGUGCCGCAGCCAGCCCGCGAUGACAAUAGGGUCGUUCCAGCGACCCCAGAGAAAACCUGGCCUGCGAGUCCUUGGAACGAGGGCAAUACAAGCCGUGCAAGGAACGAGGAGCCUGCACCGAAGAUGGGUGCUUGGCCAGAUGCGUUUGGAAAACCCCAGUCGCUCUCACCAUUGAAGCAAGAGGCGAUCAAUCCAUCGUCCGUAGCUCCACAGGGCCGUGCUUUGCAGACGGGCAGCAGUCUGCGUUCUACUGCAAGCAAUACCCUGCUGCCCCAGGAUCAACAUCAGCAGCGAGCAGCGACCGAGGAGACCUGGCCUUUCAAUGUGCCCAAGGCCGUGGCACACAUACCUUCCACUUACCAAGAAGGCUUCCAAGCCGGCUAUGAUCAUGUCGGCAUGCCUGAUAGCCCUGAGGUGCUGCAAGGAUUCAUCCAAGGUCUUCUGACUUUCCUGGCUGACUCUUUGAACAACCGCCGUAGCAGCACGUCCGCUCGCGGAUCGCAAACACAUAUCAUUGAUUCUCGCACGCCAUCGCUGCACGGUCUCGUUGCGAGUUACACGCCUCAUGACUCCGCCAUCAGCAUGACGUUCAAUCGCAGUGAGGCCCCAGUAGGCAGUCAAGAGAACGUGCGUGUCAACCAGAGCAAUGGAAUCAUGAGCUCGCGUCGUGACUCAACGUACAGUCCACAAGGCAGCAUUCGCAAUGCUCCAGCUUCUUUUGCUCCAGGUGUCGACUUCACACAGGAGCCUCGCCAGUUCAAUGAUCCGAGCGCCAAAUACCCCAACCCCGCCGGUCUGUUUCCCGAGAGGAUGGCCAACGGCUAUCGUAAUAUCUCAUCGUAUCCCAGUCCCGAGAAUGAGAUGAGUAAGACAACGGAGAAAGGUACUGCACCCCGCUCCACUCUACAGGUGGCAAACAACGGAUUUGGUCGUCAACUCUCAGGCAAUCAGCUCGCCAAUCGCACCAACGUCAACCCCCAAACCAUGCAGCGCUUUUACCCAGGUCACAAGGAGGUCGGCCCUGGAGCAUUUGGUGGAAACAGCAUGCCAGCAGCUCGGCCUUUCGCUAACAACCGCGUGUCAGGGCUUGAUGGAGCCAUGGACGAUCUGGCUGACUUGGUCAUGGAAACAAGCAUCGACAACCGCCGUUCAUCGGGCGCCCGCCACGCUCAAUCAACGGCUGCGCCAACGUCUGUCGACGGUGAAGAUGCGGGUGCUUCUUGCUUCAGGCCUUCUGGUGGAAAGGGCAAGCAAAAGAUGGUUGCUUCACCAACCAAGCCCACUGCUUCCGCACCAGAGACGACCGCAUCUUCGCCUGCUAACCUACCAAGCUCGCCCAAGAAAUCCGGUGAACAUUCCCCUGCCAAAGCCAAGCUUGAGCAAGUCACCAGCAAGUUUAGGCGUGGGAAGAAAGAAGAUCUGCGUGGUAUAUCUUCUGAGGAUAAAGUGAAGCGGUCGGAGAAGUGGAAGAGCCGCUUUCAGUACAUCAAGGCAACCGAGCAGAAGGAGAUCGAAGAGUAUCGUGAUGAAGAGAAGCGCAGGAGCGGCGGCCGACGCUAG